AUGGGAGAUACACAAAGUUGCAAUCGUAGAGCUUUUAAUUCUGGAUUGAAUCAUGGUCGAAUGCAGACUUUGAAAGUUGGAGUUUACAACGAGAUUCUUAGUCGGCUUAGGGAAUUGAAUGCUCCAGAGGUUACUGUUCCUGAUUUUGAAGAUGAACUUUGGGUGCACUUCUAUCUCCUUCCCACUAGGUAUGCAUUGGAUAUGAAUGUGGAGAGGGCCCAAGAUGUUCUUAUGCAUAAAAGGUUACAGCAUAUGGCACGAGCUAUUGCUCCUAGACCUGCAGUUGAAGUCCGUCUUGUGCAGGUUCAUUCUGCUUCUGGAGUGCAUUGUAGCAAAUCCCUUGAUUCAAACUUACCAAGAGAAACCAGUCCUCAAGAUUCUGAUAUUCCCGGCAACAUGAGGCAUGAUUCUGUGAAAAUUUACUUGCCCUUGUCCUUUUCCUCUUUACACUACUGCAGGGCUGUGCAUGAAAUCACAAUUUCAACAAACGAUAAGCCAAAACUUUUCAGUCAGUUGACUUCCUUAUUGUCUGAAACUGGGCUGAACAUUCAAGAAGCACAUGCUUUUUCAACGUUGGAUGGAUAUUCAUUGGAUGUUUUUGUUGUUGAUGGUUGGGCUGUCGAGGACACUGAGAAGCUAAAACAUGUUCUGACAAAGAAAAUUCAGAAAUUCGAGAAGCAGCCAUGGUUAAAUGAAAGUGGCAGUCAUCCUAUGGAGAAGCUACAGCAAACUGGGAUCAACUGUAUCUCUAACCAUGUAAAUAUGCCCAUUAGUGGAAAUUUUGACUGGGAAAUUGAUGCAAGCUGUUUAAGAUUUGAAAAGCAAAUUGCAUCUGGAUCUGUCAGUGAUUUGUAUAAAGGCACUUACUGUAAUCAAGAUGUGGCUAUCAAAGUCCUUAAGGAUAGUAAUCUGAAUGAAGAUAUACAGAGAGAGUUUUCUCAGGAAGUCUAUAUCCUGAGUAAAAUUCAGCACCAGAAUGUUAUCAAAUUUAUUGGUGCCUGCACAAAACCAAACCUUUAUCUUGUCACAGAAUAUAUGUCUGGUGGAAGUAUGUAUGACUUUCUGCAUAUACAGAAGGUCGUCCUUACUCUUCCAUCUUUGCUCAAAGUAGCCAUUGAUGUUUCCGAAGGAAUGAAUUACUUGCAUCAGAACAAUAUUAUACAUAGAGACCUCAAAGCUGCUAAUCUUUUGAUAGAUGACAGUGGGGUAGUUAAGGUUGCUGAUUUUGGUGUAGCCAGAUUGCAAGAUCAAUCUGGUAUCAUGACUGCAGAAACUGGAACUUACAGGUGGAUGGCUCCUGAGGUUAUUGAACAUAAGCCAUAUAAUCACAAAGCAGAUGUUUUUAGCUUCGGGAUUAUACUUUGGGAGCUGCUCACAGGAAAGCUUCCUUAUGAACAUUUGUCCCCAUUGCAAGCAGCAAUUGGAGUGGUACAGAAGGAUUUGAGGCCUGAAGUUCCAAGAGAUACUCAUCCAAAGAUAGUGGAAUUGCUUCACCAGUGCUGGCACCAAGAUCCAUCUUUAAGACCUGAUUUCUCAGAAAUUCUAAUGUUUCUGCAGCAUAUUACUAAGAUGGUUACAGGGAAGGGGAAGAGGAAGGUUGAAUGCAUGAGAAAGAAUAUUCAUUGACGGCAAUGUGGUGAGAGGCUGAAAGCACAUGAAAAUAUGUGAAAUUU